UACGGUGGCGCGCAACUGGAGACAUUAGAUCCCUAAGUUGCCCUGCACACGAAUCAUUGACCGGUCACAUCACGGGAUUCCACGCGUAUAUUUUUUUCCCGCGCUUGACCCAGUUUUUACGCGUUGAGAGAAGAUUUCUUCUUUUUGUUCACCAACCAUUGGGAAUUCGGCUUUGCCUGUUGCUCUGUCAUUUCCCUUUGAUCAUCUCACCCCUUUUCAUUCACCGCCACUCGGUCGGCUGUCGGGAAGCAAACAACUUUAUUCACAUCCCUUCAUUCUACACCUCUCCGAACCAACACAAUCGCAAUGGCUACCAUUCGCUCGGCUGUUCGCGCUGCGACGCGCGCCUCCGUGGCCCCUCGCUUUGCCACCAACAUCGGCUCUGUUCAGGCUGUUCGAGCCUUCAGCUCCUCCACUGCCAGACUCAGUGUCCGCGAGAAGGAGGUCCCGGUCACCACUUGGCCAGCUACCAAGGAUGGCCCAUCUUCUAUCCCCGUCAUUCCUAAGAAGCAGUCAGAGUUCGAGGUUGAUGCCGCAGAGAAUGAGGAGGUCCACCCCCUGACCCAGGAGGCCUAUAACAAGAUGUCUCCCACCAUGCAGAAGAUGUCCGUUCAUGGCAAGACCAUCAUCAUCACUGGCGGUGCUCGGGGUCUCGGAAACCACAUGGCUCGUGCCUGCGUCGAAGCCGGCGCCGCCAAUCUCGUCAUCUUCGAUGCGAACCAGGAGCUCGGAGAGGCAGCUGUUCGUGAGCUCUAUGAGAAGACGGGUCUGCCUGUCACCUUCUUCAAAGUCGAUGUCCGUGACGAAGAUGCUAUCAACGCCGCUGUCGACCGCGCCGUCGAGAUGUACGGUAUUCCCGAUGUUCUGGUGAACGCCGCUGGCAUAGCUGACUCCAACAUCAAGGCAGAGGAGUAUGACAGCAAGAUGUUCCGUCGUCUGAUUGACAUCAACCUCAACGGAACCUUCCUCGUGUCCCAGGCCGUGGGCCGCCGUAUGAUUGCGGCCGGCAAGCCCGGCUCCAUCAUUCUUGUGGCCUCCAUGUCCGGCAGCAUUGUCAACUACCCGCAGGAGCAGUCGUGCUACAACGCUUCCAAGGCAGGCGUCAUUCAGUUCGGCAAGUCCAUCGCCUCCGAAUGGGCCAAGUACAACAUCCGCGUCAACUGCAUCUCUCCUGGCUACAUGGACACCGCCCUCAACCGCGUUCCCGCCCUUGAGGCUCAGAAGAAGAUCUGGCGCAGCCUGACGCCCCAGAACCGUCUCGGCGCCGUCGACGACCUCAACGGUCUCUGCGUCUUUCUCGCCUCCGACGCUUCUGGUUUCAUGACUGGCUCUAACAUCCUCAUUGACGGCGGUUACUCCUGCUACUAGAUGCUGAAGGCUGGCGUGCCUUUCUUCUUAGACCUUUUUAAUUGUUCUCCCUCUUGUUUUGGCAUGGUAUGCAACAUUGGGCGAGAUAGCUAUCUAUACCCGAUACACACGGCUUGGCGUUAAAGGGGCGAUUAUCCACCAUGGGAUCAGGUUAGACCAUCCUAGAGGCCAUUCUAGAGGAUAGAGAUUCUGAAAAUUCAUUUGUCUUUGCUAUUCU